AUGACAUCAAAAGGACCAGAAGCAAAAGUCAAGGAGCGGCCCUUUUAUAAAGCUCGCGACACUCCUAGGCCAGCAUUAUGUAUCCUUUUUGGAUUUCAGCAAGUAAUGGUUUGUGUAUCGGCCCUCCUAACAAUACCCUUUUUAUUAGCUGGUUUUCUAUGUGCUGGUGAGGAUGAAUACAAACUUCGAGCCGAGCUAAUUGCCGCUACAUUUGUGGCAUCUGGCAUCUCAACAAUUAUCCAAACCAUGUUUGGGUUUCGAUUGGCUUUACUACAAGGGACAGCUUUUGCCUACAUCCCAUCAAUUCAAUCCUACAUGUCGUUGGAAGAGAAUAAGUGUCAUAUUGGGCGGAAUCAAACCGCUGAUCCGAGUUUGUACUAUGGACACUUGGCUACGAUCCAAGGGGCCUUGAUUUUAUCCUCAUUAGUGCCGAUAUUUAUUGGACUUACUGGGAUCGUUGGCCGGCUUACAAAGCUUAUUGGACCAAUUACCGUAUCCCCGUUAAUUUUGCUGCUCGUCAUUUCCAGCACUGACAUGAUUGUCAAUCGAGUUUCGCAACAUUGGGUUUCGAUUAUCCAAGCUGCAACACUAUUCGCUACCAUCCUCUACCUUGCCGAUUUACGAGUACCUAUGCCCGGCUAUAAAGACGGAAAAUUCCGAUUUUUCCGUGGGAACGUAUUUGGAGAAUAUCCGUAUCUAAUCGCCAUCAUGGUUUCGUGGAUCUUCUGUGUCUUUUUGACGAUUACCAAUCUGGUACCACCAGGUUCUGCCGCUCGGGUUGACAAGCCGGCCAGCAUUGAGGUGCUGCAAAACGCACCCUGGCUAGCAGUACCGUAUCCAGCUCAAUUCGGUUUCCCUAAAUUUAAUGUCGGCCUUUUCUGCGCAUUCUUGCUGUCGGCGAUGACUUCGGUUUUUGAAUCGGUUGGUGAUUACCACGCAGCUGCCCGAGUUAGCCAGGAGCGAUCCCCGCCCUCGCAUGCAAUAAAUCGUGGAAUCUUGUCAGAAGGCCUUGGCUCUUUUGUAUCAGGCUGGCUGGGUCCAGGAGUCGGGAUGACGACACAUACGGAAAAUAUUGGAGUUAUUGGAGUGACCAGAGUAGCCAGUCGAUGGACGAUGGUAGUUGCUGGGGUGAUGUUGAUCGGGUUAGGCCUGUUCACCAAAAUCGGGGCAAUCCUAUCGACAAUCCCCGAACCAUUGGUGGGCGGCGUUUUGGCAACAUCUAUGGCUAUGGUAGCUGGCGUGGCUAUUGCAAAUUUGCAAUCGGUUGAUUUAUCGUUAUCCCGCAAUAUGGGCAUUAUUGGAUUUUCGAUUAUGGUAGGACUGGUCAUUCCGGAAUAUUUCACUCGAUUUCCGGUAAAAACCGGAGUCAUCGUCAUCGAUCAAGUCCUACAAAUCUUGCUAACACUCCAAAUGUUCGUGGGAGCGAUGUGUGCUUGUAUUCUAGAUAAUACUGUUGGAGGCGCUACCCGCGAGCAGCGAGGGCUACAAACAAGAGGCAAGAUCUACGAAGGAUCCCUGGAAGAUGAUGUCUACUCAUAUCCAAAGCCAGUGACAAGGUUCCUCGCCCGAAUACCCUACAUCGAAUAUCUGCCAUUUAUCCCGAAGGAAAAGCGCCCCCGAAGGGUGGAGGAUUCAACGGAAAUUCGCAUUGAUGGCGUGGAAAUUGAAACGAAAUCU